CUCCUGUCAUCUGAGCGGAUCACCUCAACAAUUGAUGCACGUUACAACAUACAUGGGAAUCUGAACGAUGGCAAUUGAAAACCGUGUCGAGGAGAAAGGAAUUGAUAAUGCAGCUUUCACCAUUUCCUUCGAUGAUGUCAACGCUGAAACGAAGAACAAAAAUAAACAACCAGAGAGGGCGCAAUGGGGAAACGGCUUGGAAUUCCUCAUGUCGUGCAUCGCGAUGUCCGUGGGUUUGGGAAACAUUUGGCGAUUCCCGUUCACAGCUUACGAAAACGGCGGCGGAGCCUUCCUGAUCCCUUACAUAAUUGUAUUAGUCCUCAUCGGACGACCGGUUUACUACUUGGAAAUGUGCUUGGGACAGUUCAGCAGUCGCGGCAACGUGAAGAUGUUCGAAGCCCUUGCACCUGCCCUCAAAGGCAUAGGUUAUGGACAGUCCAUAGGUUCGAUAUGCGUUGCUACCUAUUACUGCUCUUUGAUGGCUAUAACUCUUUUCUACUUUGUUAAUUCCUUCACCGGUGAUCUUCCUUGGGCUGAAUGCAGAGAUGAAUGGAUUGCGGAAAACGUUACUUGCAUAGCUUCUAAAGAGACGCACGAUGCGUCCGAAUUGCAGAACACCGCCAGUUCUUCGGAGCUGUUCUUUAAAAAGGAAGUGCUGAAGGAGAUCACUGAUAUUAGCGGUAGUUUGGGGCUUCCGGAAUGGAGGCUUACCAUUUGUCUGUUGGUUUCUUGGAUCGCCACGUUUUUGGUGUCGAGGAAUGGGGUGCAGAGCAGCGGGAAAGCUUCGUAUUUUUUGGCGUUGUUUCCUUACGUUGUGAUGAUAACUUUGCUGGCCAGAGCCGCGACCCUCGAAGGUGCUCCCGAAGGGAUGUUUUACUUCAUCGAUCCCGUUUGGGAACGGCUGCUGGAAGCCAAAGUUUGGUAUUCAGCGGUUACGCAGUGCUUCUUCUCGCUAAACAUAGGAUUUGGAACUGUUGUAAUGUAUUCCUCCUACAACGACUUUAAUCACAACAUCUACAGGGAUGCGAUCGUCGUAUCGUUUAUGGAUACGUUCACUUCGAUACUGGCAGGAACGACGAUCUUCGGGAUCUUGGGAAACCUGGCCCAAAGACAGAAUAUGCAUGUCAAGGACGUGGUCAACGCCGGCGGAACCGGCCUCGCCUUCAUUUCCUACCCGGAGGCCAUCGCCAAAUUCGAUUCCGUCCCAUGGCUCUUCGCGAUCCUCUUCUUCAUGAUGCUUUUCAUCUUAGGCGUGGGCAGUUUGAUAGCGCUCCAAGGAAGCGCUUUUACCAUCAUCAUGGAUAAUUGGCCUCAUCUGAAGAAAUGGCACGUCUCUUUAGGUUGCGGCAUCGUCGGAUUCAUAAUUGGAUUAGUUUUCGUUACUCCAGGUGGACAAUUCAUCGUGACUUUAUUGGAUUACUUUGGAGGAACCUUCAUCUUCUUCAUCCUCACCACCAUGGAAGUUAUUUGCGUCUUCUGGUGGUACGGUUUGGAAAAUUUCUGCGACGACAUCGAGUUCAUGCUGAAGCGUAAAGUCGGUUUGUACUGGCGCAUCUCCUGGGGUGUUAUAACACCCGUGGUUCUCGUCGUGAUCUUCAUCUAUUUCGUGGCCACCUUAGAGCGGUUGCAGCACGAAGGAUUAGAUUUUCCCGAUCACGUUUUAGCUUUCGGUUGGGUAAUACUUGGAGUCGGCCUUCUCCAAAUCAUCAUUUGGUGGUCGUACUAUCUAAUCCACAAGAGGAAAAUCGGAUUCAAGAACGCUUUGAGACAAUCCCUGUCGCACGAGAAAUGGGGUCCGAAAAACCCGGAAUACCGCGCCGCUUGGUUGGAACGGAAGAAGCAAUUGGCGGAACGGAGAUUGGCCGCAAAUAAACCGGAAUGGCUCAGGCUUCUCCACGUCCUCAUCGGAAAGAAUUGAUUUACCACACGCACUUAACACUAAUUGAAUGGGACUUCAGUUAAUUCCUCGCAAGAAAAAAAACAUAAUAUAAAAAUUAAAUAAGAUACUUGAUGAAUUCCAUUGCUCCAAUUAAUCUACAAACACAUCAACGCGCUGAUAAAACGCGAAUGAAUCUGGGUUAAGGUUUGUUUAAUUGAAUUUAAUUGAAAUUCCGACGGUGAUUUUCAUGAUCAGUUUUUACAAAAAACCAUUCGUCUUUCUCUUCGCGCAUUAUCUUCAACGUAAAAUCAUUUUUACGUAAUUGCACUUUCACAUCAUUUACCAUUAAUAAAUUUUGCUUGAGAAUUUAGAAAAUGUUGGCGAAUCGCUUCAACUUUUCAA